AUGAGCCCCGAGAUCAAUUCCAUAGCCAGAAUCGUUAUCAAGCCAUGCGGAGCCUGUAGAUACUUGCGAAAGAAAUGCCUCGACAAUUGUAUAUUCACACCUUACUUUGACUCUGAUAAAGGAACCGCCAAUUUCGCAUCGAUUCAUAAUAUUUUUGGAGCGAGCAACGUUACAAAACUUCUAACGAAUAUUCCGAUCGACAAACGGCCCGGUGCAGUUAGGACUUUAAAUUAUGAAGCUCAUGAUCGUCUCCAAGAUCCUAUAUAUGGUUGCGUAUCUCAAAUCUUUGGUCUUCAAAAUCAUGUGAUCAAUCUUCAACGAGAGAUUGUGUGCUUACAAGCCCAAGUAGCCAGGCAGCCGCCACCUCAGCAACAGCCACAGUCUUCUCUGUCCAUGUCGGAUUUUCUCAUCAGCCGGAUUCAUGGGCAGCCGUUCAGCAGCAGUUCCAUGAUCGGAACCCAUUCACCGGAGCUCCGGUGGGCGGCGGUGAUGGGGAAGAGUUUGCUGGGAGUUACCGAUGAGUAA